UUUGCCCUGGGCUCCUGCAGGCGCUGCUCUUCAGGAGUCCUUCCCAAUGAGAGGAUCCGCAACAUCGGGAUCUCGGCCCACAUCGACUCGGGGAAGACGACGUUGACGGAGCGAAUCCUGUUCUAUACGGGCAGGAUAGCGCAGAUGCACGAGGUGAGAGGUAAGGAUGGAGUUGGAGCCGUCAUGGAUUCCAUGGAGCUGGAGCGACAGCGUGGAAUCACGAUUCAGUCUGCGGCGACCUACACCCUGUGGAAAGACACCAACAUCAACAUCAUAGACACCCCAGGACACGUGGACUUCACGAUUGAAGUGGAGAGAUCUUUGCGAGUUCUCGAUGGAGCUAUUCUGGUCCUCUGUGCUGUUGGAGGAGUUCAGUGCCAGACCAUAACGGUGAACAGGCAGAUGAAACGUUACAGCGUGCCGUUUUUGACGUUCAUCAAUAAACUGGACAGACUGGGCUCUAGCCCAGCCAGAGCAGUGCAGCAGUUGAGAUCCAAGUUAAAACACAAUGCAGCUUUUGUUCAGAUCCCGAUCGGGCUGGAGGGAAACUUUAAAGGAGUUAUAGAUCUGAUUGAAGAAAAAGCGAUAUAUUUUGAUGGUGUGCUCGGCCAGACUCUUCGCUACGAGGAAAUUCCGGCUGAGUUCAGAGCUGAGGCUGCAGAGAGACGUCGGGAGUUGAUCGAAUGUGUUGCUAACUCGGAUGAUCAACUUGGGGAGCUGUUUUUGGAAGAAAAGAUUCCUACAGCCGCUGAGUUAAAGCUUGCAAUCAGAAGAGCAACCCUGAAGAAGGCCUUCACCCCAGUGCUGGUGGGAAGUGCUUUAAAGAACAAAGGAGUGCAGCCGUUGCUGGAUGCCGUCCUGGAAUACCUCCCCAAUCCUUCCGAGGUGGAGAACUAUGCCAUUCUUAACCAGGGGGAUUCUGAGGACACAACGAAAUUCCUAUUGAACUCUGCUCGAGACAACACCCAACCUUUUAUAGGCCUUGCUUUUAAACUGGAGGCUGGCCGUUUUGGGCAAUUAACGUAUAUUCGAGUUUAUCAGGGGAUGCUGAAGAAAUCUGAUUAUAUCUAUAACACCCGGACUGGGAAGCGGGUGCGUGUGCAGAGGCUGGUCCGUAUGCAUUCGGACAACAUGGAGGAUGUUAAUGAAGUUUAUGCAGGAGACAUAUGUGCGCUGUUUGGAAUCGAUUGUGCUAGCGGGGACACGUUCACGGAUAAAACCAGCACUGACAUUUCCAUGGAAUCAAUUCACAUCCCUGAUCCCGUCAUUUCCGUAGCUAUGAAGCCUUCCAACAAGAACCGCUUUACAAGGGAAGAUCCGACUUUCAGAAUCCAUUUUGAUGACGAGAGCAAAGAGACCAUUGUUUCGGGAAUGGGGGAACUGCACUUGGAAAUCUAUGCCCAGCGAAUGGAAAGAGAAUACGGUUGUCCUUGCACCAUGGGAAAGCCAAAAGUUGCCUUCAGGGAGAACAUCUCCGCACCUGUGCCGUAA